GGAGGAGGAGGAGGAAGAAGAGGAGGAGGAGGAGCGAGCGGGCGGCCAGGUGGAGGCUGCUGUCCUGACACCCGGAACGAGGCCUCGCCGGUCGCACAGCGGGAGCUCUGACGCCUCCAAAGCCUCGGAGCAGCCGCCGGGAGUUCUUCCGCGAUGGUCCUGUCGCAGGAGUCCGUCCUGUCCGCGCUGCUGUCGGCGGGCGGCCGGCUCAGGAAGUCCGAGCUCGUGGGCAAGUUCAGAGGCGCGAUGGACUCCGUCGACCCCGCGGAGAAGGAGCGCAGCAAGGAGCUGUUCAAGACCUUCGUCAACAACGUCGCCUUCGUCCGCGAGGUCGACGGCGUCCGGUACGUGGUCGUCAAGAAGGUGUACCAGCGCCUGCUGGAGAGGGGCGAGGCCGCGGCGACAGGUGAGGAGCGGCCGCAGCAGCCGCCGCUCACCUGCGGCUCACCUGCGCCGGGCCCGAGGACCGACGCCAGCUGUGCGGAGGCGGUAGACGCGUCCCCCGCUUCUGAAGCCGAUCCGCGGCAGACGAGGGGAAGUGGCGACAGCCCCGCCGAGUUACUGACUCCCCUGCAGCUGGCGCUGCAGAGGAGCGAGCACACGGACGUGCGGGUCAAAAGGAUGCUGGCCUUCGAGGUCCAGAGAGGUCACGCCCGCGAAGGUCAGUCGUGGCCGAGGGGUGAGGCGACCCAGGCCGCCGCCGCCGCCGCCAUCCAGAGCAAGCCCUUCUCCUUGCCCCUGAGAAUGCCCCCCGGCACCACCCGGGUGGAGAUCCGCAAGCUGAAGGUGGAUGAUCCUCCGGACAGUCCGGCGCUCGAUGCCUGCAGGGACAAGAGGAGACCCUCCUCAGCGGAGGAUGGGACGGGCGAAGGGGGCAGCAUCAGCAUCAGCAUCAUGGGCUCACCCCAGCUGAGGAGGGCGGUGAAGAGCACCAAGGCGCCGGAGGAGCACAGAGACACCAGGGUCCCCUCCCUGGUUCCCCUGGAGCAGUCGGAGCACGAGUGGCUGGUCAAGUGCGCCGCGGGCCAAUGGAGGCAGGUGUACGGGCUGCUGCUGGGGGACAGCCAGCUGGCCGACAAGAGGGACUUCAUGUCGGGCUUCACCGCCUUGCACUGGGCGGCCAAGUGUGGCAACAGCGACAUGCUGGACAAGAUCGUCGAGGUGUCGCGGCGAGGAGGGGUCGAGGUCGACGUCAACGCCAAAACGCACGGCGGGUACACCCCUUUGCACAUCGCCGCCCUGCACGACCAGGAGUACAUCAUGGCCACGCUGGUGGGGGAGCACGGCGCCGACGUGAGCGUCAGGGACAACUGCGGGAAGAGGGCCUGCCACUAUCUGCACAAGGGGGUCUCCAAGACGGUGAGGGAGAUGCUGGGGGGUGGGCCCGGAGCCCAGCCGACCCCUCCGGACAGUGCCGCCGCCGCCGCCGCCGCCGCGCAGGAGAAGGAGGAGCCCGAGCUGUUCCCGGAUCGGUCCAAGGGGCUGCAUUCGAUCAGCCGCCUCUUCCAGCCACACGUGCCGGGCCACAAGAAGAAGCACAAGCAGAGGCCGGGAUUUCACUCCCUGAGCCACGACCCCGAGGAGAGGGAGGACGUGGUCUACAGACAGAGAGUCAUAUCGGAAGCUUUUAUGUAAAGGGAGAAUUCUUUCUCGUCUUAUUGCGAUGGCCCGUCAAAGAACUUGAUUGACUGCUGUGGCCUUGACAAAAAAAAAACUGAAAAAGAAUCGAAUGGAAAUCAAAAUCGUCAACUGACUUUCUGGAGACUCUGAAUCAUCAUUAACUCUGAAUUGGAAGAGUUUAGGUUUUAUAGGCUACAAGUAUGAGUUUGUAUGUUAAGCGUGUUGUGAAUCAAACACGACUGUAAAAUAUUACAGUGGGACCUGCGAGUCAUCUUAUUAAUCAUCGCCUGUGGUCUCCUGAAGGCAUCAUGUCGUGUGUUCAGUCUUUCUGCUGAAUUUGAUCCAAUUCUCUAUCUAGCUAUAUGUUUAUUUUAGUUUUAUAGUGAAUUUUGUUUUAUAUUCUUUUCCAAAUAUUCUUCCUCAAUCUAUUUUUGAUUUUUUUUUAAACUGAAUCGGUACUAACAAGAAAUUAAUCUACGAGACAUUUUGUUACUGGUUGAACAGACGGGAUCAAGACUUGACUUGUUCUCCUCUGUGUCUGAGUGAGAACUGAACUGAACUGCUUUGGGUGCAUGAAAAGCGCUUUAUAAAUCAAAUAUAUUAUUAUUAUUAUUAUUAGAGUAGUGAAGCCACUUCCGGAGGCAAAAGAACCCAAAAAUACUAAAAAGUGAAUAUGUUCUCACUUAUGGGUGAAUCAAAGCUGUAUUAUUAACCAAAAUACAUUAAUAAAGACAAAUACAUUUUAAAAAUCUGCGAAAUGUUUGUGCCUCUCAGGAGGAUUAAGGAAACUCGUCGCUUCACUUCAUUAUU